AAUAUAUUAUUUCCAUAAUUACAUCAACGCAUAUCAACUUGCUGAUUACAGAUGUCGAUAUCUUUCCAAUUUUCCGGCCUCACUUCUGGCCAGUUUUCGACGCAACACAGGCUCACAACUAAACCAAUCUCCUUGUUUAGAUGCAUGUCAAGUCUAUCGACGGAUCCAGAGUUUGACACCAAGAAGUUUCGGAAAAACUUGAUAAGGAGGCCAAAUUACAAUAGGCAAGGCUUUGGACAGAAACAAAAGACUCUUGACCUAAUAUCAAGAGAGUAUGGAAGUGAUAUCAUAAAAACUCUGAGGGCAAACGAGUAUGAAUAUACAUGGGGAGAUAUUACUGUGAAACUUGCAAAAUCAUAUGGUUUUUGCUGGGGUGUUGAGAGGGCAAUCCAGCUAGUUUACGAGGCGAAGAACCAGUUUCCUGAUCAGAAAAUCUGGAUCACUAACGAAAUUAUUCACAAUCCAACUUUUAGUAAGAAACUUGAGAAUCUCAAUAUUGAGUAUCUUCCUAAAACCAAGGAUUCGAAGAAACAAUACGAUGCUAUUGAGAAGGGUGAUGUUGUCAUGUUCCCUGCACAUGGAGUUGCAGUGGAAGAGAUGAUUAUUCUGAGUGAAAAAAAUGUGCAGAUAGUUGACACUACAUGUCCAUGGGUAUCUAAGUUGUUUCUUAAAAGGCUUAAAGGUUUUUGUUAUAAGGUAUGGACAAAAGUUGAAAAACACAAGAGCAGACAGUACACGUCGAUUAUUCAUGGAAAAUAUGAUCACCAAGAGACAAUAGGGACCAAAUCUUUUGCUGGAAACUAUGUAGUUGUCAAGAACAUAGCAGAGGCAAUAUAUGUCUGUGAUUACAUUCUGGGGGGUGAACUUGAUGGAUCUAGCUCAACUAAAGAGGAAUUUCUUGAGAAAUUAAGAAAUAAGGUUUCUGAGGAUUUUGAUCCUGACAAUCAUCUGGUAAAAGUAGGAAUUGCUAACCAAACAACAACAUUGAAGGGAGAAACAGAGGAGAUUGGGAAAUUAGUUGAGCGAACCAUGAUGCAGAAACACGGGGUGGAAAACAUCAACAACCACUUUAUGAGUUUCAACACCAUCUGCGACGCUACUCAAGAACGACAAGAUGCAUUAGAUGAACUUCUGGAGAAUAAGUUGGAUGUGAUGUUAGUAGUUGGUGGCUGGAAUUCUGAUAAUACUAGUCACUUACAAAUGGUUUCCGAGAAGAGUAACGUACCAGCGUAUUGGGUGGACACUGAGGAGAGAAUUGGUCCUGGAAACAGAAUAACCUACAAGCUGUCACAUAAUGAAUUGGUUGAGAAGGAAAACUGGUUAGCUGAUGGUCCUCUUACCAUAGGAGUGACUGCUGGUGCAAGUACCCCUGAUAAGGUUGUAGAAGAUGUUCUCCUCAAGGUAUUUGCUAUGAAGAAUGGGAAGAAAUUGCAGCAUGCCUAGUCUCCAAGUGCUGAGCCAAGUAACAGAACUGAGCACCUGGUUUAUAUUUUAAGCGAUUAAUGUGAAGAAGAAGAAGAAAUUCAGCAUGUUGCAACUUCUAAGUUCUAAAUAAGGUUAAUAAACUUAUGUUUAUAAGUAAAAUGCUGAAGAUUCAUGAUUUUACUAGCGUGUAACUUUCUCUGAGUUGCUAUUACGUGAAAUUGAACAAUGAAGAUUGAUGUAUUGAACUUCUGCUA